AUGAAUGUUCUUGCUUUCAACAAUUUGCACAAAUCGCAGAUUCUCAAGAAAUGUAUUGAGCAUUUCCUGGAAGAAUCUAAUGACUCUGAUUCUACCGAGACCAAAAUGAAGAAAUUAAAUGAAGCUGUGAAAAAGGCUAACAACUUUGUCGAGCUGCUAAUGGAUGAUCAUGGACGCAUUCUCUCAAUGAAAGAUGUUGCAAGUGUUUUUAAACCUGAAGAUCUUGCAACACUUGACCUCCCAAGAGAAAAUAAAGAACUUCGUCAGUUUUAUAAAUUGAAAUAUGGUAAUAAAAUACAUAUUGAUGUCACGGAGAAGCUGACAACAUUUCUGGAACUAGAUUAUGUUUGCAAGCAAAUUAGCAGUGUAUACAAUGUCUGUUAUAACUAUGGACUGAUAAAGUGCUUAGAAGAUCCUGUCAUGCGUCAUCUUUUGAAUCUUUCUGAAGCUGUAGAUAGGGGAAAAUUGGUAGUUCUGAUUGAAGCAAAGGAACAUGUAGACUUUGCUAGAACAUCAUUUGAGAUAUCAACAGGAAUUAGUCUAAUUGAUCAUCCCUUGUUUGUCUUGUUCUCACAUUUGGAAAAAGGCUGCCCACUUUAUAACUUUGCUUCUGAACGUGGCUAUGGCUCAGAGGCAGGUAUGGACACUUUUAUGCAAGAGCAUAGCCUUGUGACAGCAGACCUUCUGUUUGAGGAGUUCCAUGAAGAUGUACUAGCAAUGCUUAUAGCUGCUAUGGAGCUUGUCAUUCCUUUCUUUGAUAAAACCUGUAAUUUAGUCGAGUUAUGGGAGAACAUUCGAAAACUUAAAAAUGUCGAGGCUGCUAUUGCUCAGUUGUUAACAGUUAAUGGAAAUAUUGAUUAUGUAAGAAGUUGGUUCAAUCAGGCUAAUGGACAGGCUCAGGAAAAUAACGAAAUGAUCCUUCGAGCUAUUUUGAAAUCAGGAAGUUACUUUUUUAAUUUUUGCAGAGGUAGUCAAGUGGAGCUUACACUUGAAUUCCAAAUGCAUUCCUUAAUCUCAAGGCAGAGAUCUGAAGAACAGCAGUCUCUCUCAGUUCAUCAGCCAUCAGCCAGAGUCUUGUCAUUUAAACAAAUGGAGGCAUUGUCUCAGGAACUUGGUUUUAUGAAACUGAAGCAAGACUCAGAAGCAGAAAGGAAUGUGAGGUGGUUUGAAUCAUACAAAAUUUUUGCUACAAAGUUGCUCACUUGCUAUUCUGAUCUCCAAUACAACGGUCAUCCAGACUACAAGAACCCACCUACUAAGCAAUUCACACUGUUUGAAACCCAGGGGAGCUUUUCAUGGACUAAGUUAGAAGCAGAGGUUAAAAAAUGUAGCAAAGAAAAAAAGGAGUUUGUUGAAGAAAUGGUGGAGUAUAGGAAAAAGCAUCAGCUUCUUUCAUACAUUAAUACUUUGAAGCUUAAAGUCAUUUAUGAUAGUCUUAUUGGCCUCAAGGAUAUUGAUAAUCUUCUUAGAGAUGUUGGUCUGUUCCUUAAGCUGGAUGUUAACUCUCACCCUCAAUUAUAUAGAUGUCUUGAGGCACCAUUCUGGGAUAUUCCUCUUAUACAAGAAGCUAUUGAUCGCAGAGUAUCCAUUGAAGCUUCUAAUGAUUUUUCUGAUAAAUCAUUAAGUGCCUAUUCUCGUAAUGAUUCUGUGACUUCAGUGGACGAGGAAUCACUCAAAAGAUCAUUAAAAAAAUUUGAUGAGAUUUUUCCUGUUUUUGCUCUCCUUGGCAAAAAAACACAACCUCCAUCACUUUACGAUGUUAGCAGCAGUGGAGUCCAGUUAGUCUGUAAGUAUCUCAAGGGAUAUCACGACAAGAACUUGGAUCAUCUUAUGAAACGUGAUAACAAGAUAAUUAAGAUUGAUAAAAUUAUUGGUGAAGUAAAACCAGAUGAGUGCCAUGAGCUUAUUGAGCAGCACUUGCCCUCAACGGCAUCUGGUAACCAGUUGAUGACAACAAUUUACCUCAAGUAUAUGGAAAGGCGCUGCCGUUUUAUGGAGGAUAGUGUCUUUUUUCAAAAUAACGUUGGACUUCCUUACCCAGUUGUUGAUGAUGAUGGUAAUAAGAUUGGGGAAUGUAACACAGCUAAAUGGAGAUCAAAUGUAUUUGAUAUAAUGCUACAGGAGGUACCGAACUUUUGCAAACUUUCGAUGUCAUGGUCUUCAAAAUGUCACAGACAACUUAUUUAUGAUGUUGGAAAUGGUGGAGGCACGUUUAAAUUAUUUUGUUCAAAUCCAGAAGAAUUGUCUGAUAAAAAACUGGAACAGUUAAAAAGUAUUGGCAUUAUUAUACCACCUGAUAGAAUACGCCUCAGCACAAAAAUGUUUCACGAGUACCUUUCAUUUGCUUUGAAUGUAAGGAAAAAUGAAAAGGGUGAAAUUGCUCUAAUAAAAAAGAAGAAGUAUGUUCUCACAAAGGAUUUUGUUCACAAAAUGCUAAACAUUCAUGAGAGGAAGGAGUGUGGCAUGCCAGUAGUAAUUGAAGGAGAGACAGGAGUUGGAAAAACAUUCUUAUUGGAACUUUUGUCAUCACUUUGGAAUCAUUCAUGGAACGAGCAGUUGACUCUACAGAGAAGUCGAAUAGAAAUUUUUUUCAAAGAGAAACUAUCCUUGCUUCAAAAAAAAGAUUCUCAUGAUGAAUCACAGAAAAAAGCUUUGGAAGAUGCUCUUUCACUUUUUACGGAAGAUCAUAAAUUUGAGACUAAUGUGAAAAGUGCUCUUAAUAUUAUUACUGAGCUACUGAAGUUUCAAGAUCCAUCAAACUCGACUGCUACUCUCUUUACUGUUCUGAAGAGCCAAUUUCAAGUUAACAUGUAUGAUCCUGUUAUAGCAAGUCUUGAAAUCCCACACGAACUGUGUAGAAAUGAUAGAGAAUUUAGUGAGCUCUUGAUUUUUGCACGGAGUACUUGUGAUGAAAAUACAAUGGCAGAAAUUGUUUGUGGCAUUCUUUAUGGUAGACUAAGGGAAACUUUUUAUAAAAUUAACAUUCAUUCAGCUAUGACUGCAAAAGAAGUUGAGAAUUUCUUCCGUGAUGUUCAAAAGCAUGCUGAGUCAUUGAACUCUUACUAUGAAAAUUUUAUUCAGCAUUCUCCUGAAUUAAAGACACUUUAUCAGAAGCCAAUUUUAACAGUAUUUUUAGAUGAAAUUAACACUUCAUGUUGCCCUGGUUUUAUGAAAGAGAUCAUCAUUGAUGGCACAAUAGAUGGAAGAUCUAUUUCUACUUCUGGAAACAUCUUCAUAGUUGCUGCCUGUAAUCCUCAUCGGGCCAAUAGUUUAGCAGUUGUUACCAAAUCAACUCAAAAGGAAAAAAAGGGCUGGUUUAAUCCUACAUAUUACGUUCAGAACCUUCCACCAACACUCAAGCUUAUAAUGUGGGAUUAUGGCCAAUUGCAAAAGGGAGAUGAAAAGGAAUACAUUAAGCAAAAGUUUCGUCUUGAAUAUGAAGACAUGCCUCAGCUCGAAUACUCCUUCCUUGCUGAGCAAAUAGCUAAAGCACAGGACCUUAUCCGAGCUUUUGCUUGUGAGAACCUUAUCCUAGAGGGUGUAAAUGAAGAAGAUGCUAAACUUUUUGCUCAGAGCACAGUCAGUCAAAGAGACAUUAAAAGAGUUUUUCAGUUGUAUUCUUAUCUCAAGAAAUGGUUCACAUGUGACACAAAAUAUGGACAAGAGUCUGAAUUUAGGAUUUCUGUUCGUGCAGUUUUUAUAUCAUUGGCACUAGUGUAUUAUUUUCGUUUGAGUGACGAAAUUAUAAAGUCUCAAAAAACAGUCCAACCUGGGGGAGAAGAAAGGAAAAGUUUUCGGAAGCGUUUUAAACAGAUCAUGCAUGAAAAACAUACCAUUGGAGAGUGUGGCAUUCCUGUAACUUUUAAUGAAGCAUUGUCUAAUGAGCUGACUUGGGUGUCUGAAAACAUAGAUUUACCCAAAGGUAUAGCUCCCACUGAGGCUCUUAGGGAGAAUGUUUAUGCUAUCAUAGUAUGCACAAUGACAAAGAUUCCAGUUAUUAUCGUUGGCCCUCCUGGUUCUUCAAAAACCCUCUCGUUUAAAAUUGUGGCAAAAAAUUUUCUUGGUACAAAAUCAAACAAGAAAAAGCUUGAGAACUCUGAAUUGUUUAGGAGUCUGGAUCCUCAGUUUUAUCAGUGUUCCAGGAAAUCGACAUCACAUGAGAUUGAAGUUGUUUUUCAGAGAGCAAUAACACGACAGAAGACCUUUGAUGAAGGAGGAAUCAAGAGUUUGUCAGUGGUACUGAUGGAUGAAGCUGGUAUUCCAGAAUACACUCAUGAGUCUCUAAAAGUGCUUCAUUACUUUUUAGAUAAUCCCAAGGUUUCAUUUGUUGGUUUAUCCAAUACUGUGCUGGAUGCUGCUAAAACUAAUCGUGCUAUUAGUGUAUAUAGAACUGAAGCAUCACACGAGGACUUGCUCCAGUUAGCUAGAUUCUCAUUCUGUCAUGGUCAACCUGAUGAGCGCAUUAAUGACAACAUGAGUAUCAUUGAGGGCUUUAUAAAGAUUUAUGAGCAAAUGAUGACUCUUCCAGUUUAUAAUAGUUUCUUUGGCCUGAGAGACUUUAUAUACUUUUUUACUGCUCUAAAUACCACUGGUCAGCAGAUAAUUUCACCACAGUCUGUCGUGAUGGCUCUUGAACAAAAUUUUAGUGGGACAAAUAAAUUUGAUGAACUUUUAAAAGCUUUCCUUGGAAUUAUUGGUUCUAAUCCCAGUCAACUACAGCAAAGGUCACUAGUUGAUAUAUUGCGCACUAGCUUUAUACGAAAGUCCCAAGACCUCAAUUCUGAAAACAAAAAUCGCUACAAGCUACUUAUUGAUAGCAGCGAGGACCAGUCGCUUGUCAGGCAACUUUUUAAUUUUGGUAUACUGAAAAGGAAUGAAACUAGAAUACUCUCUUGCUCUAAGCUACCAGGAGACAAUGACUCACAAAAGCUAUACACUGCAAGUGCCAUUAGGCAUUCUGUCACACAAGGUCACACUGUCAUGAUAUAUCAAGCUGAAGAAAUACAAGAAUGUUUCUAUGACCUAUUCAACCAGCACUUCACCUGCAUCAAUAGUACAAUAAAUGAAGGGGAGAAGUCUUACUACUCUAAUGUGGCUAUUGGUCCGGUCAUUAAACCAACUCGCGUCAGUCCAUUCUUUAACUGUGCCAUGAUUAUUAGUGAAUCUGAAGUGUCAGAAACUGAGAGACCUUUCCUUAAUCGAUUUGAAAAGUUUUCAUUGACUCACAAGGUUCUACUUAAGGAAUCUUUGUCCAAGCACAGUCAAAGCAUCAGAAAAUUUUUUGAUUGCAUGAGAAAUAAUAUUAUGAGUUUUGUUCAAAAGUGCAAUGAGUCUAGUUUUUAUGGGUUCACAAACCAAACUAUUGAUUCCCUUUUGCUUUCGAUUGUUUCUUUGUCUGAGGAGGAAACUGGUGGUAAUCGUCCCUUAAUAAAGCAAGAAUCAUAUGAAUGCAGUAACAAACCGCUUUCAGAUGAGGUUGAUUCUAAUGAAAAGCAUCAGUGCCAGUGCAAUACAGAUGUAGGAGUUUUUGUAAGACAAAUUGUUGACUGUUUUUCAGACAAGUUUGGAAUAGCUUUACCAUUGGGACAUUGUGAGGAAUUUAGUGAAUUAAUAGAGCAUUUAAAUCAUCGUGAAGAGGAAGGGUUCAAGGCAUUUUUUGAACAGUCCAAUGCAAAAGAACGAGAGGCUCUUGUUAAGAGAGAUAUUGAGUUUUUAAAUGAAGCAACGGUCUCCUUUAAUGAACAAGAGAAUUUUAUAUAUCAUUUACUGAGUAAAUUGAUGACCAUACAUUUUACCAAGCAACUCCUCUACCUAAUGACACCAGAAGCACUUGUCAUACACAGUGGAGAAAUAGAAAAUUACUAUAAAUCAUGCUAUCUUAUUCACCAACGCCAUUUUUCACUUACCAAUAUCAUUAAAUGUCAAAUGGAUGAAAACCAAAAGGCUAGUGUAGUCAGAAAGUUCCUUUGCUACACGCGAACAUCUCCAGUCCUUCUUGAACUUAUACCAGCACAUUUCUACAUCAAAUCAAGAACAGAAAAAGAAGAGAAAGAUCAGAAAUUGCUAGCUGAGUUUUUCAAGAUGGAUUCUGACCAAAUAUAUACGUUCAUAAUCACAAAAUUGACAAGUCAGGAGAAAUUGAAUACCAUUUUAAACCAGUUUUUCUCGUCUUCUUGUACCGUUCUCCUUCUCUCAGCUGACAUGAACAAACUACACAAAGACACCAUUAACCACACAAGGCUACUCAUUGAAGAAGCAGAGCUAACUCAGAAGGAGCUGAAUGCCAAUAAACUUAUCUUUCUCAUACUUCAUUUCCCUGCCAACAUGUUUUACUCUCAUUGCUAUCCUUCAAUAUUCCUAAGUGGUUGGAGACACAUCUACAUGGAUAUGAUUGGACAGACAAAAACGACAGCAAAUACAGAUGUGGAAGAGUGGCUUAAAAUCUGUCUUCUUCAAAGUGAUACAACAGAAACUGUAAAGCCUGUGAAGACAAAAAGUUUUGUACCAGAUUCUAUUUUGAACUUGUGGAUUGAAGAAUGGCUUCCCAUGAUUUCAAACAGCAUUCCUAUACAACGCAUAAAUGAUUUUCCUAAUGAGGCAGAUCCUAAGAAAUGUUGGAAAAAUCUUCUCUUUGAUUUAAAAGUUGACAGCGUGAUAAAGAAAAGAUUUAAUAGUUACUGGCAGAAGAGCACCAUGUACGAGUUGUCCCAUCAUGCAGCUAAUUAUGCAGUUACGUAUCAGUCCACCUGCACUCUUUCCAGUACCAUAGAAGCUACCAUACAAUCUAGUUUCAAGAAUUUUGUUUUGUACUUUUUGUUCAUGAUUAAUCAAAACAUGGCAAUGCACACCGUAAUGGGUCGAGGAGAAGGAGAAGAAAAAUUUGUAGGUCCUUUCCUUGAAAUACUUUCAGUUCUUCCACUUCCUAAAUCUCUUGAAGAGAUCAGGCUAGAGCUCACUGUUCUCAAUCAUCACAUAUUACUCUCUUAUGACAGAAAGAACAUUGUACCUCGCUUUCCAUUUUUUCCAGUUGUCUACAAAUCAAUAGAAGCACUCGUCAACAAGGCUCUUUGCUCUGUACUAGAGCCUCUAGAGCUAGUAGUGGCAGAAGAUGAGACAGAGCAAAAGUUAAAAGGAGUAACUUCGACUAGAACAAAAGAGGAAAUUGAACAAACAGUAAAAAUGAUUGCAAUAUUAAUCAAGGAAGAUGAAAGUAUCAUUAAAGUUGUGGUUGAAUUGCUGAAAGAUGUUCAACUUUGGGCUGGAUAUUUUAAUGAUGCAAUAACAAAGCAGCUGGACAGAACUGUUGGGAUAUUUUCUAAGAUUUGCCUGCAACAGCACCUGGCUCAUGUUGAUUCAGAUAAUGUUCCAUUGAAGUUGGCUCAACUGCAUUAUCACUUACGAGUUUCAUGGCUAGAUGCCGACUCACUUUCUUUGCUAAGAAUACUUGAUGAGUGCUCAGAAAUUAUGCCUAAGUACUCAAGCUUACAGCAAAAGUUAGAUCUCACUGAUGAAACAUUAGUGGUUCAGCACAUCAUUGAAAUACUUUAUGAUGGUCUUUUGAUUUCUUGUUCAAAUCCAAGCAGUGAUACUGGGUUAAAGAUGAAAAACCUUGGAAGUUUAUAUUAUAGAAUGAUGAACUUAUUCAAGCUCCAUUCCACAAGUGCAUUUUCUUCUCAGCUGAAGAGCAAGUGGAUCAUAUUGUGUGUUGCUUUUCCUGUUAAUCAUAUGAUAACAAUUGAUUCAAAAAACACCUUUACUAUUUCACCUGAAAAUUUUGUCACUGAAAUUACAAAGAGCCUAAAAGCUGAAAUUGAUUCUGGAAAUAUCAUUGGUUUGACUGUGUUGAUUGACACUGUUGUAUUCAGUGUCUUUAAGAAGAAAAACGUACUGGAUUUACUUCAUGAUCAAACCUAUUAUCCAACAUUACCUUUCUAUUCUAUCAUUGAGACCAUAAUCAAUCACUACAUAACGUUUUACUAUGAUGACAUCACUCCAGAGACAACGGCUUUUAUCUUUUCUAUUAUUGGCUUGGUUGUCAGUAAAUGCACAACUGAGAAAAUGAAGCGUACUGCAGCUAUGUAUAAGCAUCUGUUCUCUCUGUUAUUAUUGAAAGGGAGCAUUGACAGCAAUGCAGAAACAGAAGCAUCAGUUAAAAUGAACAAUGAAAAUAACCCUCUUCUUUUAUUUACUGCUAAAGUAAGGAUUGGCCUGUGUAAUGCUAUCAAUCAAGGAUCUGACAAAGAGUCUCCUUUAUCAUACGGAGUACCUUACUUCAAAUGCUAUCCCAAAAUGAUAUCACAAAGCAAGGGUGGGCUUCAACAUGUUUUGUGUGAUAUGUACUUUGAGACUAGUUCAGGCAGACUAUACAGGGAAAGCCACAGGUUUCAAGAGCUUGUGUCACAUUACCAGAAACUUAAUGGCUAUUCUGGUCCCUUGUCAAAGUUAGUUGUUGUCGAAAGACAAGUUGUGGUUCAUGUGACGAUUAAAUCACUUUCAAUUACUAUACUGAAGACUGAAAAUGAGAGACAAGUGUUGGCCGAUGCUUAUGAUGGCUUGAAUAGUAUGCUUGAAGAAAGUAACAACCUAGUUAUGAAAGGAAAAAAGGAUUUGACUGGCAAUGGCCUGAUCUUGCUUAUGAGGUUGUUCUGUGCUUGUAAAAGUGAAAGAAUGUUAUUCUCUAUGAUGACAACACAGUUUCAAUCAAAUCUUCAUGACUAUCAUUGCCUUCAACCGAUUCACAGAGCCCUCCCUCGAGAGAAUCUUUCCUCUAGAGAUGAGCUACCCCUAUUGUUGUAUUUGAAGGAUAAGCACUCCAGCAGACAUGCAAUAUAUACACAAAUUCACAGAUCAAUUACUUUUAUAAUCAAAUUCAAUGGCCAGAAAGGAGUGGAUGACCUUAUGAAAGUUGCUUUAGCUUGUUACAGUAACAAGACUUCUAAUGAUAAAACAAAAUGGACGUUCAAUAUGUCCAUUUUUAUUGCUAUAUAUAAGGAGGUUUUUCCAACUAAUGCAAGGGCUUUAGUAGUUAAAAGAGUAUUGCAAGAUAGUGUCAGUCAAUAUGUUGAUAAGGAUGUCUUCCUUCCCUUCUUAAUGUGGAUUGUUGACCCAAGCCAUGCUGGUACACCGUCUGAUAACCUGAAAGACUUCUUUGUCAGAAGUGAGGGGGACAAAGAGCAUGUGGAGUGCUUAAUGGAAUUGGCUGCAAUUUUGUUUGGUAAUGAAGAGAAUUGCUGUCAUCUUUGGGAACAUCUCUUUUCAACUCAGAAUAUUAAUCCUAAAUUUGUACCUGGAACUAUGGUGACUGGGAGUAAUGAUACUUAUUAUUUUGAUGUUGUACUUCCAACAAAUCAAACUUUUCGUUUUACAAAAAGGAAUAGCCUAACACGCUAUUCUGUGAUAUUUACUCAAUGGAUGAACUAUGGGCUACUUUGUCUUUCUAUUGCUGUUAAACCUCACAUUAUUAGGUCUUCUCCUUUUGAUCAGAAGCCCAAUAUUGUUUCACUGUGUCUUAAAAGGCUAAAAGAUUUAUGGGAUAUGCUAAUGACUGAGUUCAAUUUGUCACGUGAAGAAAGAAAAAGACUUGUCAGUAUUGGGAUUCAGAAUAUGUACACGGCAUUGAGCACUCUUAGAUUUGAUAAAAGCUGGAAAGCCUUCAAGCAAUUACCAGAUGAAGAUAAUCUUGCUCAGUAUGAGUGUAUUUUUCAUAAUGAAGUCUUUUUGCAAGCAUGGAGGUUGAUGAAGUCUCCUCAAAAGAAAUUUUCAACCUUUGGUAAUACAGUUGGUGAGGUGAUGAGGGAGUUAUCUAGGAGUGUUCCUGAGUUAAAUAUUUGCCCAGCCAAGAAUGGAUUCUUAUACUGCAUUCUAUUCUCCAAUGAUCUUUACAAUGUAGACUCAAAACUUUAUGUCCUCUAUCAGUUCCUCUUGAGACGUUCAGCACUAAAUACUGGUGCUCACCUCCUACCUGUUCUAAUAGAUCUUUACAAUUGGAUACACUCUCAAGCAUGUUACAUGGUUACAUUGGAUGUAGCUAAAGAUACUUUGACUUUAAAAGUCUUGACGUCAAUUCUUCAGCAACAUUUUCCUGACCAAGAGGAGAAAAGACUAGGCCAGUUGCGUCAAAUCAAAGAAAUGUAUGACCGCUAUGCAAUGCUUUCUUUAACUGAAGAAUCAAACUUGGAAACAUUUGGCACUGGAAUUACAUUUUAUGAUCUGGUGUCAACUGAAGAUGGGAAGAGUACACUGUACAGAAUCAUAAUUCAAAUAGUUGACAGUUAUAAUCAUUUCCUUGAGAUUGUUUACACUCAUUGUUCUACAAGCUAUCAUUUUGUGAACUACAAGCCACAGUUUAAGAUACCAAUCUGGGAGAUUACACAGCACACUUGCUCAUUUGGAGUAUCAGAGAAUUGUUAUGAUGUUAGUGAUUUACAGACUAUCAUUGAGAAAUACCAGUCAUUUGAUGUUGGUAUUAAUCUUUAUGAUAACUAUGAACUUGAUACUUCUAUACCACACAAUGUCAUGCCUGGGGCAUACUUUCUUAAAGGUAUUCAAAGUGAAAUUGUUCAAAAGUUCAUAGUGCACAAGCAGUUUGUGGAAAAGAAUGGGUUUUUAAAGCGUUUUGCCUUCAGUGAAUGCUCCACUUGUGAAGAAGUUCCUAGGGGACUGUUUUAUACAGCAACAUAUGGCUAUAAAGACACAGUAGAAAGGCUAAGUCGUUAUCCUUCACUUAUGGCUACACUGACAAAGAUGGAGCUGCAUGAAAUUGAGACUGUAUUUCAUUCUCUCUCUUAUGAUGGGCUUUUGAGUGUUUGUGGUGGCCUUUGCUUAAUAUUGAAGAUGCUACUAGAGAAAUCUAGCCAAGGAGAGACUGGAAUUGAUACACUCACAAUAAAAAGUUUUUUGAAUAAAUAUUAUAACAUUAAGAUUGAUGACGUUGGUAUUUCAUUGUGUGCUGCUGAUAAAAUCAGAUCAGGACUUCUUAUGAACCAGUACAACAAUUUGUCUGAGACUCAUGUUGCACAUGUGAAAGAUAUAUCUGAGUUGUUCCAUGAAUGGGUUAAGAUUGGCUUUUAUGACUUCAGUCAUCUUCCUUUUGAUCUGAAAGUUAAUCUAAAUGGAAAAGAAGAAAUAUUGGAGAAGAUUGAAAAUGAAGAUGAAGAUACUGUUAAAAAUGCUAUGCAUCAAUUAUUUGCAAUGGAGAGGCUAAUAUGCUACAAAGCCACUGACGAUAGAUCUACUAAAAUUUGUGAUGUAGAUAAAGAGAGGAAAUUGGAUUCAUACAUCUUUUCUCUAUCAAUUAAAUAUUAUGUUCAUCUCCAGUUGGCAUUAAGAAGGAGGUUAUUGCAUCUUCUAGAAACAAGACAGAAAGAGCAACACAAUGUGUCAAUGAAGCAAAAAGUAGAUAAUGCAAGAAUUGAAUCUCCUCCUUCUCCUAAUUUUACAAGCCUUUCUAGGAUUUUAAGUAUUCAAGACAGAGCUGCUGAAGACGCAAGUGUUGAGGAUUUGACCAUUAGCACUGACAGCAAUACAACUGGAGCUGUUGCUCCUAAUCCUCCAACGCCCAAGCAAGAUCCUAGUUUAUACAUGAUAGAAGACGAGGAUCUAUCAGAAGCAGCUAGCAAACUUACAGAAACUGAUGUUGCUCAACUAUUAGAGAGAAUGGGAUUGCAUGAUAGUGCUGAGUUUGUUCAAACAUUUGGAAUCAGUGGAGAUAUAGUCUAUUCCCUUUUGACCAUGCCAUCGCCAGAUUUGAAAGAACUACAAAUACCCAAUAGAAUCUAUGAAUUGAGGUUCCAGAUUCAAUUUAAAAGACUUUUAGAGAAAAAGGAGCUGGAGCAUGUGUUUUCUUCUGAACUGUUAGCACAAUUUUUGAUGGAGAAUAAACGAUUUAGUCAAUUUGCAAAGGUCGUUCAAGAAAGUCAACUUGAUGGAGAAAUGCUGUUGCUUGCAAGUGAUGAUGUUUAUCGUGACCUUGGCAUUUCAUCACUCUAUCAAGUUUUACUUAAAAAAGAACUUCAAAAGAAAUUUGAGGAUUUUUAGAAUAACAAUAAUAAUUUUUAAUGGUUUUGUAAAAAUUAAUUCUGAUGCAGAAUCAGCAGGGGGAGUGGCUCAGGAGGGGCGUGAUGCAAUUGAGCAAUGGGUUGCUGUAUAUUCCAAUCUUCUGUACUCGAAGACAACUCAAUCAAAGCUUAUUUGAGAGUCAAAAGAUUUGUCGUUGUCCGGGGGCACUCUAUAUUUGAAAAUAACGUCUUAUCUGGUCUCCUUUACACUGAUGGUCAGCGUCUUUGCUAUGAAACUACUCGAUGUGGUGACAAAAGAGCAUGUUGCCUCUGCUGUCGGUACAGCAUUUCACUUUCAGCCAUAAAAGCAGUGAUUGUUACUGAAGAACUCCCAGAAGUACUCCUCUUACAUGGACAGGGAUGUGCCUUUAUGACUGGACCAUAUUUGCAGUUGACAACUGAGGAUGGGAUGAUUAUUGUUGCUGCUCAAGAAAUGGGCUCAUUCCCUCAAACUAUUAAUCACAUGAGAACAGAUAAGUCUAUUUCCCUAUAUCAAAGUUAAAUUUUUGUUGAUUUUUUAUUUGUUUAAUUUGUAAAUUCAUCAGUUGAACUAGAUAUGGAAUGUUUAAUGUAGCGAACAGCACAUGCACAUUAUUUUGGUUCAUCUUUUUUGCAAAGUGUAAAAUUAUGAGGUAUUCUAGUCUCACAUGGCCAGACUAGAGGUAUUCACAAUGGGUUAUGCCAUAUCUGUAUGCAAAGGGAUAUGCACAAUAAAUAUAAUGGUAGAUUCUUGGACUAGAUCUACUCUAUGAUGCACUAUACUAUAAUGGUAGAUUCUUGGACUAGAUCUACUCUAUGAACUAUACUAAUAAACAGUAGAUCCACAAGGACAUCAGUAAUUCAUGCAGACAAACAAACUCUAUUGCAUUACUCGUAGCAUGUGGGUGAAUCAAUUGAAUGAUUAUAUAUAUAGGAAGUUGUUAUUAGGAGUGUGCAGAAAACAAACACAUACAAAUCUAUACACCUUGCAGAUUAAGUAGAUUUAUGGCAAAGCCAAUUCAAUUUUUGCCUGUUAAUGCAAGUAACAAAAUUCUAGAUAUAAUACUCAAUAUUCUCUUGUACAUCAGUGUGUAGGAGCUAAGAAAACCUCUCCCUCUUUAAUGAUGUCUCGUGUGUGAAUUAAGAUAGGAAGACGAGGAGAUACGCACUGUCAACACAUCAUCUAAUACAUUUAGUUGCAACUUUAAUUAUAUUGUUUAAUACUUUACACAAUACAAUAGACAACCACUACCACUGAGUAUAUAAGAGAGAAAAGAACAGUAGAGCUGCACCAGUUGUUAUAUCAAUAGUGACAAGUCGUAUCAAUCAAGAAAGAACAAAAGAUUAAAAUGAAGCUCUUGACAUUGUCAGUUCUACUGAUGUUGGCAUGUGCUGCUUUUGGUAAAGCAGUUAAUGAGGUCCCAGUACAGGAGGAAGAUCAAACAGCUGUUGAGGAUUUUGAAUUGACUGGUGAGGAACAAACAGAAGAUGAUUCUAAUGCUGUCAUGGAGUCCGAUGCUGAGGUUGAAGGUCGUCGUCGUAAGCUAGUUUGCUGGCCAUACAAAUGCAAAAACAGCGUCUCAAAGAGGGUUUGCAAAUACAUCAAAAACACCUACCCAAAAGGUCACAAACUCCAUGGACGUAAUUUACUCCGUUGCUCUAUUGUCUACACAAGGAGCUGCCACCAGAUCUGCUACUAUAUUUACUAUUAUGGAUAAAUGGAAAGAUGAAGAUUUGGUUGACUGGAAAUAUUGAUACUAAUUAAGAACUUUUUGUAUUUUUUUGCUGCUGUAGUAUUUUCUUAAAAAAAAUUAAACAUAAAA